GUAUCUCAUUUCAAAGACUAGUGAGAGAAGAACAGGGCUUGACCACCACCACCAAUCACUCCAAAACGAUGUAAGUCAACACAGGCCAACAAAGACCAACCGUGAUUAAAUCAUUCAACAUCGCUCCAACUUGAAACAUUUAAACACAAACCACUGUUCUCCUCUUUGUUGUGUGUGUGUUCAUAAUAUAUGUGUGUGUAUGUGUGACUGUAUUAGGACGGUGUUGUUAAUGAGCCCAGGCGAGGACGUCCCUCCUGAGUUCCUGUCUGUCUCUGAGCAGCUGAGUGGUGUCUGUCACUCCCAGAGGGACACCUCCGUCACCCUGAUCAAACAUGCCCUCCAGGCUGCCCUGGGGACCAAGUACCCCCUUCACAUACUGCAUAAUGCACUGCAGGUAUGUCCUAUUAUAUGUGAUUCCUAAAUUAUGUGUUCACAGUUCAGUUACUUUACCUACUGUCAGGUAGGCAUUUGUAUAUGAUUAUCUGUACCCAAGGGUCAUGAAUUACCUUUUUCUAUUCACCAUUUUCUAGCUCCAUGGUUUGUUAACGUAUUUUUGGUUGUUUGUUUUGGAUUUAUGCAUCUAUGCAUUAUGCAUAGUGCACCAAUACUACUGAAGAGAAUCUGUAUCAUACAGUUGAAGUCGGAAGUUUACAUACACCUUAGCGAAAUACAUUUAAACUCAGUUUUUCACAAUUCCUGCCAUUUAAUCCUAGUAAAAAUUCCCUGUCUUAGAUCAGUUAGGAUCACCACUUUAUUUUAAGAAUGUGAAAUGUCAGAAUAAUAGUAGAGAGAAUGAUUUAUUUCAGCUUUUAUUUCUUUCAUCACAUUCCCAGUGGGUCAGAAGUUUACAUACACUCAAUUAGUAUUUGGUAGCAUUGCCUUUAAAUUGUUUAACUUGGGUCAAACGUUUCGGAUAUUCUUCCACAAGCUUCCCAUUAUAAGUUGGGUGAAUUUUGACCCAUUCCUCCUGACAGAGCUGGUGUAACUGAGUCGGGUUUGUAGGCCUCCUUGCUUGCACACACUCUUUCAGUUCUGCCCACACAUUUUCUAUAGGAUUGAGGUCAGGGCUUUGUGAUGGCCACUCCAAUACCUUGACCUUGUUGUCAUUAACCCAUUUUGCCACAACUUCUUUCGGAGUAUGCGUGGGUCAUUGUCAAUUUGGAAGACCCAUUUGCGACCAAGCUUUAACUUCCUGACUGAUGUCUUGAGAUGUUGCUUCAAUAUAUCCACAUAAUUUUCCUUCCUCAUGAUGCCAUCUAUUUUGUGAAGUGCACCAGUCCCUCCUGCAGCAAAGCACCCCCACAGCAUGAUGCUGCCGCCCACAUGCUUCACGGUUGGGAUGGUGUUGUUCAGCAUGCGAGCUCCCCCCUUUUCCUCCAAACAUAAUGAUGGUCAUUAUGGCCAAACAGUUAUAUUUUUGUUUCAUCAGACCAGAGGACAUUUCUCCAAAAAGUACGAUCUUUGUUCCCAUGUGCAGUUGCAAACCGUAGUCUGGCUUUUUUAUGGCUGUUUUGGAGCAGUGGCUUCUUCCUUGCUGAGCGGCCUUUCAGGUUAUGUCGAUAUAGGACUCGUUUUACUGUGGAUAUAGAUACUUUUGUACCUGUUUCCUCCAGCAUCUUCACAAGGUCCUUUGCUGUUGUUCUGGGAUUGAUUUGCACUUUUCGCACCAAAGUACGUUCAUCUCUAGGAGACAGAACGUGUCUCCUUCCUGAGCGGUAUGACGGCUGCGUGGUCCCAUGGUGUUUAUACUUGCGUACUAUUGUUUGUGCAGAUGAACGUGGUACCUUCAGGCGUUUGGAAAUUGCUCCCAAGGAUGAACCAGACUUGUGGAGGUCUACAAUUUUUUUUCUGAGGUCUUGGCUGAUUUCUUUUGAUUUUCCCAUGAUGUCAAGCAAAGAGGCACUGAGUUUGAAGGUAGGCCUUGAAAUACAUCCACAGGUACACCUCCAAUUGACUCAAAUGAUGUCAAUUAGCCUAUCAGAAGCUUCUAAAGCCAUGACAUCAUUUUCUGGAAUUUUCCAAGCUGUUUAAAGGCACAGUCAACUUAGUGUAUGUAAACUUCUGACCCACUGGAAUUGUGAUACAGUGACUUAUAAGUGAAAUAAUUGUCUGUCAAUAAUUGUUGGGAAAAUUACUUGUGUCAUGCACAAAGUAGAUGUCCUAACCGACUUGCCAAAACUAUAGUUUGUUAACAAGAAAUGUGUGGAGUGGUUGAAAAACAAGUUUUAAUGACUCCAACCUAAGUGUAUGUAAACCUCAGACUUCAACUGUACAUAUACUGCUCGCAAGCAGAUUAUACAAUAUCUGUAUCUGUCUAACAGUCAAAAGGGGCAGAGGAUCUGGAGCAGCUUGUGACUGCAGUAACAGAGGCCCUGGAGAUAGCAGCCUCUACACGGGACCCAGACACAGCCAGAGAGUCUACUGCAGAGCCUGAAUGGGCUGGUGGAGAGCAUUGGAAUACCCCCUACAGACUGCAAUACAGGCCCUGGUGAGAGAACUUUACUACAUGCUUCAUCAUAAUCUCACCAUCUGAGGUGUUCCUGGAACAGAUAAGAUGGUCAACAUUGGGCAAACAGGACUGACUGGAGAUGAUUAGAGAUGGACAGAUGAGGAAGUCCAAUUUUGAGUUAUGACUCUGAGAAACUCAGUGUCACAUACAAUGCUUGAUCCUACUUGAUCUGAUUAGUCUUUGUUCUUUCUCUUCUUAUUAGGAAAUGCCCAUACACUGAUGCUGCCCUUAGCCAAAUGUCACAUGUACUCCUGGGAUAAGGACAACUUCGGUAAUUAGCUUUUUUCCCAUUGCUUCUUUCUCCAAAUCCAAGACAGUAUAUUUCAAUGCCAUACUGUAAAAUAUGUAUAGCCUUUGUGUCUGUGGCUGUAAUUCUGUGUAUUCGUUCAGACAUUUUAAAUUACAUUCUUCAGAGUGAGCUGGACCAGCUCCCAGUCCUUAACCUUCCCAGAGACAAGGGAAAGGAGGAUGAUGAAGAGGAGAAAACAAUAAAGAACCGAUACACAGACCACCGGAUCUCCACUGUGUCCACCUGCUCCAGAGACUCUAUGUUCUCCAGCUACUCCCUGUCCUCCAGCUGGUCUGUGCCCUCCACCCUGUCUGAGUCUUCUGGGAUGGACAGUGACUUCAGCGAGGACUUGGAGAUAGAUGACGGCCAACCAGAGACCAGGAGGAAGCCUAAGUCAAAAGCCCACCUCAGCCAGCGUUUCUCCAUGCUCUUCAAGUCCCAACGCAGCUCCUCCCUCUGUCGACGUGCCCAGAGCAUGGGCUCCCGUGGUGAUGUCAUUAGAGUCGGCACGUCUGGGGCACGGAUCAAGCGAUCCAAGUCCUUGCCUAGACAGGUCCGCCUGCCCCGCAGUUCAGGGGUGCCCGCCCCCACCUCAGAUGGACCGUUUCCCCAGAGUCACCACGUGUGUGUCCAGAAGAGGCCCAUCCUGAGCUGUGAGGAGGGGAAGGGGUGGAGAUGUCCACCCUGGUCAGGGUGGUGGUGUUUGGGGAGGACCGGGAGGCAGGGAGGCUGGCCAGGGCCUACACUGACCUUCAGCAGAGGGAGAGCAGGUGUCCUCGCCUCACCAGGGCCUGCAGGCUGCAGUUCUACUUUGUUCCUGUGAAGAGGAGGAAACUGGGAGGUCCAGGAGGAGUGACCACAGUGCCAGAGGGGCACCUAGGGAGUCCACUGAAAUGCCCACCAUCUAUGGUGAGAAUAGCCAGCUUUUUGGUUCUUCCAGAAGAGGACAAGAGCACAGCUGACUUCAUAGUUGUGUACAGAAGACAAAAAAAAGUAUGAUGUGCCAUUAGAUAAGAUAAUGAGAGCUUAUAAUCACUUCCUAACCCUAACCCUAACUUUGUACAAUUUAUCUUAUCUUUGCUGUCACAUACAGGAGUCAAAUGGAGUUAUACUUGAGGACAGCACCACUGACAUCGCCCAGUUGAUAGGCAUGACUGACCCCUGGUACAAACGAAGCGUGCUCAGUCUCCUCAGCCUGUCCUCUGAUGUCCUGUGCGAGGUACCACAAUUACAACUUCACCUGGGUUCCUUUUCAAACAGGCCAUCAUGUGCCCUUUAAUUAUCCUAACUGGGGAUUGUAUUUCUAUAUGAAUGUAAUUUCCCAGACGACUUCUAAAGUGGAUUGUAACUCAGAGAACAGCUCCUCUGAGCGCCUUCUCCUCCUGGCAGACCUGGUGCUGUAUUACUGUCGAAAUGCAGCACAACCUGUUCUGCUACAACUCUACCAGGCUGAGGUGAGCCCGGUCCUACUUUAACUAAUACAUAUUUCAACACUGUAUUCAGAUACACUGUGAAACAUUGUAGGAUACAAAGAAGUUCUAUACAGUCAGAUCUGUCUAUACCAGUAAAUGAUUGAGUCCACAUGAGUGAGGUUUUUCACACACACACACAAACACGUGCAUGCCAUUCAAAGUACUUUCAAUUAUUUGUGACAUAGCUGACCCUGGCUGGGGGAGAGAAGAGAAGAGAGGUGUUUAUCCAUUCCUUGGAGCUAGGACACACAGCAGGGACACGAGCCGUCAAGGCCAUGGGUGAGUUUGCCCACCUCAAACACACAUAUGCAUGCACAUGCACAAAAACACACACACCACUCUCAAAGGUUAUUUAACAAAACAUGCCUGUGCUUUAUUCUAAAAUCUAUACUUUUGUAUGUCAUUCUACUGUAAUAUCUAAUAAUGAUUGCCUCUGUAUUACAGGUGCAGCUAGCAAAAGGUUUGGGAUUGAUGGAGAUCGUGAGGCCCUGCCAUUAGCACUAGAUGUUGUUUAUAACAAGGUAUUAUUUAGCACUUUUUCAAAAAUACUAAGUAAUCAACACUAUUAUAAAAUUACUUGAGAGAGAUUAUUUUCCAACCCUUCCACCAUUAUUUUUUAGGUUUGUGUGAGUGGGAGGAGUCAAAGGACAGAAACAGACAUGGUUUGCACCUCGAUAAACUUGAGGAAAGCCUGCAAGGGACCUGAGCAGCUA